CGCUGUGAUAACAGGCUGCUGCCUCGGCUCUGUUAUCUUCCGUUCCCCGCCGUCCGAGCAGCGGACCUCCUCCGGACCCGUACCAGGAUUUAUUUAAUUCUUAUAAAACUUAACAAAUAGCCGAAGCGCUCCUCCCAUGGUGUCCCCUGGAGACUCCCCGGCCUCUACUCGACUUUACGGAAACUAUCGGCGACCGUUUUGGGGUCUUGAAAGUCAUGGAAACGUGGUUUUUGAAUCACGUUCUCGGUUUGUCUCUGUCGGUCCUCCUGCUGGGUCUACCGGGGCCCCUCGGGGCAGGGACCCCCAGUAACAACAGCACGGAUCCGGUGACGGCAGGAUUUGAUUAUUCAUUCACAGAUGGAAACAUGGAAAACAAUGCGACUUCAACUUCAUCCUCCAGCGAGAGUUUAUCACCAUCACAGAGGGACAUCCUGCUCACACACACUGCUCAAACACACGCUGCUGAGACAGACACUGCUGCUGCUGGAAACUUCGACACUGAGCAGACACAAGCCUUCACAGAAACAAGCAGCAGGUCACUGGAGGCCAUAAGUCUGUCUACUGAGCCACUCGCCUCCACCCUCGUUGUAGCCACCACUGAGGCCAGCAGCAGCAGGGACUGGAAGGACUUUACUAACACAAACCAGGUGCCAGACUCCUCCCCUGCUGUGUCCUGGAAGACUAGUUCCUGGAUGUUGACAGAGAAGGCCAGACUUCACCCAGACACCACACUCCGACUUGAAGAUGCCUCGGCCUUGAUGUCCCACACAACCGUCCACACCGACAGCACCUACACUUCCACCACCAGCCGAGCUGGGGAGAGGAGCCUGCUGUCUGUCACCUCCUCUUCCAGCAACAGCACCUCCUCUGCCUUUACAGAGGACUCCAACUCCCAUCAGCCCCCCUCUACCUGGGGUAUUUCCGCUAGGGCUACAGAGACUGAGGACUACACCCACAGUGCCCCGUCCUCCAGGACUGACACUAGGGACCCAACAGACCCGCACAUGACCCACUCCUUCAAAGGGACGUUUUCAGGAACUGGGAGCACAGGGGGGCCCAGAGGAACCCAAGGUUUAAUCAGACAACCUAAUGCCACUCAGCAUCAACACACCUCAACAUCAGAGGAGACCUCCGACUCGACACCACCUCUCAGUGUGACAGAGCCCAGCACUGACCAAUCUGAAGUGUCCGUUUCCUCCACACCUCCUGUCACCUCACCUGCAGAAGGUCCUACAAACAUCUCAGGGACAGACCAGGGGUCGGGCUCUAGUGUUGGAACCUCCACUGAGUCCUCCACUGGAGCCCACAGCUCCAGCACUCAGAACCAGGAGGGCACUGAGGGGGUUUCAUCCCAGACCAGAGAGGAAAGCGUGAGCUUGGGUCUGACCACAGCACCCCCUACAGUCAGCAGUAGUACAUCUGAACUGGACGACUCUCUGACGGACACUCCAGUGCUGGUCACUGAGGUCUUCCUCACCACCACACCUGUCACUGUUACAGAAAGAUCACAGAUAACAGAGGAAGACACUUUCAAAGCCACUGCCUCCUCCACCACCUCCACCACCACCACCACCACCACCACCACCACCACCCCUCGUCUACCUGCAACUUCAUCCUCCAGGUUCAGUAGCACCACUAGCAGUUCUACUCCAGGGUCACCUACCGAUGCCAACAUCCCGUACACUACACCCUCCACCACAGCCUCCACCCAAGCCCUGCAGACCAGUGCAGCGCACCCAACUCACCGUGUGUCAACCAGCCAAACCCAGGGGCCCUCAACUGGGAUGGCUAACCCCACAAAUGUCACCACCCUGCAGAUAGAAACAAGCACAGGCACUCUGGGAAUCACCACGGCUCGUAGCCAGCACAUCACCACAACCUACACCCACAGCACCCCAACCAAGAGUACAGAGGCUCUGCAGACCACCGAGAAACAGACAGACAGAGGAGCUACAGAGCUGGUGGUGACGACAUCAUCCACCAAGGCACCGCCACCGCCACCAAACCCCUGUGUGUCAAACCCUUGUAUGAACGGAGGGAUGUGUUUGAGCUAUGACGGGCAUCUAUUCACCUGCCACUGUCAGCAGGCAUGGACAGGGCCGACCUGUAACCAGGAUAUAAAUGAGUGUGAGAGGGACCCCUGCCCCGUUGGGUCCAGGUGUGUGAACACGCGGGGAUCCUUCAGCUGUGAAUGUCCGCUCGGCUUCGACCUGGAGGACGGUCGCACCUGCACCAGAGCAAAGACCUUUCUGGGAACUUUCAGUGUUAACAGACUGCCACAUGACCCUGUUGUCUACAAGAGCGCCACCCUGCAUGAGAUCCAGAGAGAGAUCAUUCAGCUGCUCAAUGCUUCUCUGUCAGUCCUCCGAGGUUACAGCCGCUCGACGCUGAGCAAGAAAGAAGAGGACGGGGUUCGUAUCUCAGCUGUCAACAUGUUUUCCAUUUCCACUAAUGUGACGAGUGCGGAGGUCUUCAACAGGAUCCAGAUGUCUCUCAGCAACUGCAGCUCCUCAUUGGCUCAUUGCCAGAUGGUCCUGCACCACCAGCUCACUUAUCACGUGGAAAGUCUGUGUGCGGCCCAGAAGACUGAGUGUGAUACAGAGCGCUCCACCUGCACAGACAUCAGCGGCACAGCCUCCUGCCAGUGUCUUCAAGGAUACUACAAACACAACCCUGAUGACCAGUCCUGCUUAGAUUGUGGGGAUGGCUACAAGCUGGAAAACGGCACAUGUGUUCCGUGCAUGUUUGGAUUUGGAGGAUUCAACUGUGGAAAUUUUUACAAGCUAAUUGUAGUCGUGGUGUCACCUGCUGGGGGCGCUCUGCUCCUCAUCCUCAUCAUCGCUCUCAUUGUCACCUGUUGCAAGAGAGACAAGAAUGACAUCAACAAGAUCAUCUUCAAGAGUGGAGACCUGCAGAUGUCCCCGUACGCAGACUUCCCCAAAAGUAACCGCAUAUCCAUGGAGUGGGGCAGGGAGACCAUAGAGAUGCAAGAGAACGGCAGCACCAAGAACCUGCUGCAGAUGACUGACAUUUACUACUCUCCUGCAUUGCGCAACUCAGACCUGGACAGAAACGGCCUGUACCCGUUCACAGGCCUGCCGGGUUCUCGCCACUCAUGCAUUUACCCCGCCCAGUGGAACCCCUCCUUCAUCAGUGACGAUUCACGAAGAAGAGACUACUUCUAACUGCCCCACCUUGAACACACACAAACACACACACACACACACACAGAAACUUACCAUCUCUUAUAUUGACAUUGUGAUAUGUCAUGGUAGUUUUGGAGAGCCCAUUUGAACAUCUGCAUUCAGGGCUGCACUAGCCUAGGAACCAGCCAAAGCUGCGAGCUCAUGUUUUAUUUGCUCUGGCAGAUACGUCUGAUCCCCCUCCCGUUCAGACAGGUUUCCACCUGGAUCUGGUCGAGCCAAUUAUCUAAUAUGGGACGGGUUAGAUACAACAUGGAAUGUUCUGUUGAAUCCGCUAUCGUGUCAGUAUUAAACAAACUGGACGGUAUAUUUUCUCUAAAAGAAGAACAAACAACUGCAUUUAAAGCUUUUGUUGAUAAGUCAGAUGUGUUUGUCGUAGUUUAAUUUACCAACUACGCUAACGUCACACUUUUCGUUGCUCUGAUUGGUUGUAGGUCUAUCCAAUUGUGUCCAGAGGCAUUUUGGUCUGCGCCCUUUGAUAACGCCCCUUUGAAAUCAAAAAUGAACUGCAAAUUGGUAUGGCAGUGUCAGGCUAGGGCUGCACACUAACUAUAUAAAUGUGGGUGUAUAUAUGUGUGUGUGUGUGUGUGUGUGUGCAUAUAAUGGAAAUGCACAUUUUUGCAAGUAAAAUGUUUCCUGAGACUGUUCCUGUAUGACCAUUUCAGUGUUUUUGUAUGUUUUAGCUUAUUUACUUCAGCUCACACAUUGCAUUGCUGCUGUGGUGUUGAUUCUCAUUUACGUCACUGUAUGAUGGAAAACAAUUUGCAGACACUUGAAACGUGCUUGAGGUAGUUGAUCCAUGACAGUAAACAUCAUAUCUGCCUUUCCUGUUGUCAGAGUAAUAUUGUUGCUACCUGGUAAUGCAGCACAGAUUUGCUUGAAAACUCUGCACUGCAUUAUUGCACAAUGAUGAAUAAAAGCAGAUAUGAUGUUCACUCACUGUGCUCACAGAAAUGAAUGUGAAUUAUUGACCGCCAGGAAUGUGGGAAAAACACAUUGAAAUUAAAUAAAAAACAGUAGUAAUGUAAAGUGUAUGUGAUGUGUAGCAAAUAGACUAGAACAUACAAAAACAUUGAUAUGGUCCUUUAAGUGCUCACAUAGGAAUAUGUGCGUGCCACUGCUGUGAUUUGAAAAUAAUCAGUUUCUUCUUAGAUAAUAGCCUGAGAAUAAACUAUUGAUGGAACAAGACAAUAACAAACCACUGAAGGAUGCACACAAAGUUCGGUUUUAUGCUAAUAGAAACUGAGGAAUGACUUUGAAUCCUGAUGCCAACGUUUAUUUAUUCCCUGUAUGUCCAAGUCCUUGACAUGUAGCAUGAUGGACAUCUCAUACAUACACACUGACAGAUGUAAGAGGGAUAGACCUGUGGCUUUAAGUGUGUGUUUGUGUGUGUGUGUGUGUGUGUUUGAGAGAGAGUGGGUGUCUUAAGUAUUGGUAGUUGUGAGGUGUGUGUAUGUGUGUGAGGAUUAAUUAUCUGUUGAGUGUUUGAAUGUAAAGGUGUAUCAUAAUUCGUUUCUGACAUGGAGUAUUAUUUUUUUGUGACUAUUUUCUUUCUUUGUGUUUAUAUGAUCGGUUGAUUCUGGCGUUUUAGUCAGAUGUGCUUAUUUAAAUAAAAAAUGUGCACAGCA